CGGUUUGCAAAAUCAUGUGAUUUCUAUCGAAAUGCACGUUUUAGUAAUAUCAAUUAUUUUGGUUUGCGUAUCAAGCUUAGAAAACAUAGAAUAUGGUAUCGUUCCUGAGGGUAUUAUCGUUGCUAACAUUAAGAAAAGAGAUAUAAUACCCCUGCAACCAGGAAACAGAAGAUUACUAGAUAAUAAGAAUUUAAAUUACAGAAGAACAAAAGACAUUAGGGAGACGUCUGUAGAUCGACAUUUUGAGAUAACAGAAGCACUGUUAAGAGAAGCUCAAAGAGAAGGGCAGCUAAGUAGUGCUCAAGCUGAUGAUAUGAGAGAAGACGAAAUAAAAAUUGCUCAACGACCAGUUGAAGAAAUAAGAACUGAGACAAGAGAGGGAGUAAAAGAUGAAGCAAGAGAUGACGUAAGAGACGAAAAUAUAAGAGAUGAUGUAAGGGAUGGUGUAAGAGAUGAUAGUAUAAAAGAUGAUAUUAAAGAUAAUAUAAGAGACGAUGUAAGAGUCGAAGCCAAAGUUGAGACAGAAGCAAUAAUUAAUAGAGAGUCAUACCCUUUUGAAAAUGAUGACAUGGUCGGUAGUGAAUUUCUAAGAAACGAUAAUAAGAAAACUCAUAGAAAUGACGACGAUAACGAAAACAAAGAUAAAGUACAACGUCAAUUUUCUUGGCUAACGAUAGAGAAUGACGAUGGAGGUGCAAUAGACAUUUAAAAACGCUUUUAAUUUAUCAGAUUUUUUUGUAAUUUUAAUAUUUAUAUUUAUACAAAUUAUUAUGCCACAAAACCC